AUGUCCUCCCACAACACACAUCCCGACAACAACAACAACAACAACAACAGUUCCUUCGACCACCACUCCUACACCCACUACUACAAUCUUAACUUCGACAGCUCCAUCUACAACAAAAACAACAACUCUGCCUUCCACCACUACUACAACUCCAACCUCUACUCCUACAUCAACCUCAACAGGAUUCCUUCGACCACUACUCCUACACCCACUACUACAAUCUUAACUUCGACAGCUCCAUCUACAACAAAAACAACAACUCUGCCUUCCACCACUACUACAACUCCAACCUCUACUCCUACAUCAACCUCAACAGGAGUAUCAACUACCCAGUGCAGUGGUGAAGAAAGUUGCGUGUGGUCAGACUGGAUCAACCUUGGUGGGCCAACCUCUGGCUCUGAAGGUGGAGAUAAUGAAUCCAUUAAGAACAUCAUUGCCAGUGGUUAUCACAUUUGCUCAGCUCCAGAGGCAGUUGAAUGUAGAGCAAAACAAUACCCUGGACUGCAGAUCUCUCAGCUUGGCCAAGACGUGACUUGCAAUCCAUCCGUUGGACUGAUUUGUGAAAACAAUAAGCAAGGUCUUCAGCAAAAGUGCUUUGAUUAUGAGAUACGAGUGAAAUGUUGUCAAUGUCGUCCCACAACACACAUCCCGACAACAACAACAACAACAACAACAACAACAACAACAACAGUUCCUUCGACCACCACUCCUACACCCACUACUACAAUCUUGACAUCAACAGCUCCAUCUACAACAAAAACAACAACUCUGCCUUCCACCACUACUACAACUCCAACCUCUACUCCUACAUCAACCUCAACAGGAGUAUCAACUACCCAGUGCAGUGGUGAAGAAAGUUGCGUGUGGUCAGACUGGAUCAACCUUGGUGGGCCAACCUCUGGCUCUGAAGGUGGAGAUAAUGAAUCCAUUAAGAACAUCAUUGCCAGUGGUUAUCACAUUUGCUCAGCUCCAGAGGCAGUUGAAUGUAGAGCAAAACAAUACCCUGGACUGCAGAUCUCUCAGCUUGGCCAAGACGUGACUUGCAAUCCAUCCGUUGGACUGAUUUGUGAAAACAAUAAGCAAGGUCUUCAGCAAAAGUGCUUUGAUUACGAGAUACGAGUGAAAUGUUGUCAAUGUGGUCCCACAACACACAUCCCGACAACAACAACAACAACAACAACAACAGUUCCUUCGACCACCACUCCUACACCCACUACUACAAUCUUAACUUCGACAGCUCCAUCUACAACAAAAACAACAACUCUGCCUUCCACCACUACUACAACUCCAACCUCUACUCCUACAUCAACCUCAAAAGGAGAAUCAACUGCCCAGUGCAGUGGUGAAGAAAGUUGCGUGUGGUCAGACUGGAUCAACCUUGGUGGGCCAACGUCUGGCUCUGAAGGUGGAGAUAAUGAAUCCAUUAAGAACAUCAUUGCCAGCUGGUUAUCACAUUUGCUCAGCUCCAGAGGCAGUUGAAUGUAGAGCAAAACAAUACCCUGGACUUCAGAUCUCUCAGCUUGGCCAAGACGUGACUUGCAAUCCAUCCGUUGGACUGAUUUGUAAAAACAAUAAGCAAGGUCUUCAGCAAAAGUGCUUCGAUUAUGAGAUACGAGUGAAAUGUUGUCAAUGUGGACCCACAACACACAUCCCAACAACAACAACAACAACAACAACAACAGUUCCUUCGACCACCACUCCUACACCCACUACUACAAUCUUAACUUCGACAGCUCCAUCUACAACAAAAACAACAACUCUGCCUUCCACCACUACUACAACUCCAACCUCUACUCCUACAUCAACCUCAACAGGAGUAUCAACUGCCCAGUGCAGUGGUGAAGAAAGUUGCGUGUGGUCAGACUGGAUCAACCUUGGUGGGCCAACGUCUGGCUCUGAAGGUGGAGAUAAUGAAUCCAUUAAGAACAUCAUUGCCAGUGGUUAUCACAUUUGCUCAGCUCCAGAGGCAGUUGAAUGUAGAGCAAAACAAUACCCUGGACUGCAGAUCUCUCAGCUUGGCCAAGACGUGACUUGCAAUCCAUCCGUUGGACUGAUUUGUGAAAACAAUAAGCAAGGUCUUCAGCAAAAGUGCUUCGAUUAUGAGAUACGAGUGAAAUGUUGUCAAUGUCCUCCCACAACACACAUCCCGACAACAACAACAACAACAACAACAACAGUUCCUUCGACCACCACUCCUACACCCACUACUACAAUCUUAACUUCGACAGCUCCAUCUACAACAAAAACAACAACUCUGCCUUCCACCACUACUACAACUCCAACCUCUACUCCUACAUCAACCUCAACAGGAGUAUCAACUACCCAGUGCAGUGGUGAAGAAAGUUGCGUGUGGUCAGACUGGAUCAACCUUGGUGGGCCAACCUCUGGCUCUGAAGGUGGAGAUAAUGAAUCCAUUAAGAACAUCAUUGCCAGUGGUUAUCACAUUUGCUCAGCUCCAGAGGCAGUUGAAUGUAGAGCAAAACAAUACCCUGGACUGCAGAUCUCUCAGCUUGGCCAAGACGUGACUUGCAAUCCAUCCGUUGGACUGAUUUGUAAAAACAAUAAGCAAGGUCUUCAGCAAAAGUGCUUCGAUUAUGAGAUACGAGUGAAAUGUUGUCAAUGUGGUCCCACAACACACAUCCCGACAACAACAACAACAACAACAACAACAGUUCCUUCCACCACCACUCCUACACCCACUACUACAAUCUUGACUUCGACAGCUCCAUCUACAACAAAAACAACAACUCUGCCUUCCACCACUACUACAACUCCAACCUCUACUCCUACAUCAACCUCAACAGGAGUAUCAACUACCCAGUGCAGUGGUGAAGAAAGUUGCGUGUGGUCAGACUGGAUCAACCUUGGUGGGCCAACCUCUGGCUCUGAAGGUGGAGAUAAUGAAUCCAUUAAGAACAUCAUUGCCAGUGGUUAUCACAUUUGCUCAGCUCCAGAGGCAGUUGAAUGUAGAGCAAAACAAUACCCUGGACUGCAGAUCUCUCAGCUUGGCCAAGACGUGACUUGCAAUCCAUCCGUUGGACUGAUUUGUAAAAACAAUAAGCAAGGUCUUCAGCAAAAGUGCUUUGAUUAUGAGAUCCGAGUGAAAUGUUGUCAAUGUGGACCCACAACACACAUCCCGCAACAACAACAACAACAACAACAACAGUUCCAUCGACCACUACACCUACACCCACUACUACAAUCUUAACUUCGACAGCUCCAUCUACAACAAAAACAACAACUCUGCCUUCCACCACUACUACAACUCCAACCUCUACUCCUACAUCAACCUCAACAGGAGUAUCAACUACCCAGUGCAGUGGUGAAGAAAGUUGCGUGUGGUCAGACUGGAUCAACCUUGGUGGGCCAACCUCUGGCUCUGAAGGUGGAGAUAAUGAAUCCAUUAAGAACAUCAUUGCCAGCGGUUAUCACAUUUGCUCAGCUCCAGAGGCAGUUGAAUGUAGAGCAAAACAAUACCCUGGACUGCAGAUCUCUCAGCUUGGCCAAGACGUGACUUGCAAUCCAUCCGUUGGACUGAUUUGUAAAAACAAUAAGCAAGGUCUUCAGCAAAAGUGCUUCGAUUAUGAGAUACGAGUGAAAUGUUGUCAAUGUCCUCCCACAACACACAUCCCGACAACAACAACAACAACAACAACAACAGUUCCUUCGACCACCACUCCUACACCCACUACUACAAUCUUAACUUCGACAGCUCCAUCUACAACAAAAACAACAACUCUGCCUUCCACCACUACUACAACUCCAACCUCUACUCCUACAUCAACCUCAACAGGAGUAUCAACUACCCAGUGCAGUGGUGAAGAAAGUUGCGUGUGGUCAGACUGGAUCAACCUUGGUGGGCCAACGUCUGGCUCUGAAGGUGGAGAUAAUGAAUCCAUUAAGAACAUCAUUGCCAGUGGUUAUCACAUUUGCUCAGCUCCAGAGGCAGUUGAAUGUAGAGCAAAACAAUACCCUGGACUGCAGAUCUCUCAGCUUGGCCAAGACGUGACUUGCAAUCCAUCCGUUGGACUGAUUUGU